AUGUUACCAUUCUCCCGAAAAUUAGUUGAUAUUGGUCUUCCAUUAUGGCCAAGAAGUAAUAUAACAAAGGCACCAUUAGGCUAUGAAGCAUGUGGGUGCAUCGGUUGUGAAGCUAAAACGUAUAGAGACCACAUUCUCAAGGACAAUGAUGAUGAAUCAGAAUAUGGUGAUUUACACUUGGAAGAAGUUUCUGUUCAAGUUAAAGAUGAAAAUAAUGAUGAUAAAGAAAAGGAAUCAUCCGAAGAUGAUGUUCACAAUGGCGUAUCUGAAUCCUCAUCAUCAACAUCAUUUGAUAGUUUUGACAUGAGCUAUGAUGAGGAUAAUGAUGAUAAUAAUGAAAACGAUGAAGGUGUUUCUCUAUCAAUGACACCAUCUCUACAUUCACCAUUUCUGGUUGAUCCUUAUGAAUCUUAUGAUUGGGAAUGUUAA